AUUCUUUCUUUUCAGACUUUAAGGUUGGUAGAUGAAGUACAACGUCAUGGUUUGGUACCCAAUCGAUGUAGGCCAAGAAGCCUGGGGAAGGAUUAUCCAGUUACAGUUAGUGAUGAUACCGUUGACACUGGUUGUGACAGUACCAAUGCUGUCUUUGUCACUGAUGCCACUGAAAGUGGUAGUAGUGGAACUGGUGUCGUUGACGCUGCUGUAAUGACAGAUGGUCAUAGUGAUGAUACCAUUGACACUGGUUGUGACAGUACCAAUGCUGUCUUUGCCGCUGAUGCCACUGAAAGUGGUAGUAGUGGAACUAGUGUCGUUGACGCUGCUGUAAUGACAGAUGGUCAUAGUGAUGAUACCAUUGACACUGGUUGUGACAGUACCAAUGCUGUCUUUGCCGCUGAUGCCACUGAAAGUGGUAGUAGUGGAACUGGUGUCGUUGACGCUGCUGUAAUGACAGAUGGUCAUAGUGAUGAUACCAUUGACACUGGUUGUGACAGUACCAAUGCUGUCUUUACCGCUAAUGCCACUGAAAGUGGUAGUAGUGGAACUGGUGUCGUUGACACUGGUGUAAUGACAGAUGGUCCUAUUGAUGAUACCGUUGACACUGGUUGUGACAGUACCAAUGCCGUCUUUGCCGCUGAUGCCACUGAAAGUGGUAUAAUGACAGAUGGUCCUAUUGAUGAUACCGUUGACACUGGUUGUGACAGUACCAAUGCUGUCUUUGCUGAUGCCACUGAAAGUGGUAGUAGUGGAACUGGUGUCAUUGACACUGGUGUAAUGACAGAUGGUCCUAUUGAUGAUACCGUUGACACUGGUUGUGACAGUACCAAUGCUGUCUUUGCCGCUGAUGCCACUGAAAGUGGUAUAAUGACAGUUGGUCCUAUUGAUGAUACCGUUGACACUGGUUGUGACAGUACCAAUGCUGUCUUUGCUGCUGAUACCACUGAAAGUAGUAGUAGUGGAACUGGUGUCGUUGACGCUGGUGUAACAACAGAU